UCCAAACAUCUCUCAACCCACUUUAUCUCAACUGGCAAAAGCAUGACCAACUGCUGGUGUCUUGGCUUCUAAGCUCUCUCUCUGAAGAGAUUCUUGUGAAUACAGUUGGGUUAAACACUUCUCAUGAGAUCUGGGAUUCAUUGGAGUUGGAUUAUACUACUCAGUCUAGAGCCAAGGUCAUGCAAAUUAAAUCUCAGCUUCAUAAUCUUAAGAAGGGUGCACAAACCAUGAGAGAAUAUCUGAACAAGAUCAAGGCUUGCUAUGAUGCACUUGCGCUGCUGGGCACACAUACACUGAGGAUGACCACAUUUCCUCCAUGCUUGAUGGACUUGGACCUGAGUAUGACUCGCUUUCUGUUUCAGUCAACUCAAGAAUCCCUCCUU